AUGGGACUCGCCAUUGUGGCGCACGCGGGCCAAUGGGAAGCCGUUCUCCUCCUGUCGUCUGUCAGGCUGUUUCCUCUGAUGGGAACCGUCUUCGGGUUCGUCCACUCGGACGUGGCCACGAAGAUCGAGCAGACUCGGGAUCUGGUCGAGAGCAAGGAAGGCCAGCAUUACCUGACGUUCAAGACCAUGAUGGAGUUCGAAACGAGCAACGAUCUCGUCCAUCGAAAGGAUCCACGCAGCGGAUCCGUUCUGCUUCUCCGACUCCACCGCGCCCUCGAAUUCAUCGUGGAAUUCCUGAAGGAAGCCAACGAAGCAUCGGACGACGCAUCCAUGUCCUCCAUGGGUCGUGGCUCUUACGAGAAGACCCUGUCGAAGCACCACGGCUGGAUCGUCCGCAACACCGUGAAGCUGGCCAUGCUCACGCUGCCGCAGAAGAAGGACCUCUUUCGGCGCAUCACGUACGAGGACGACGAGACGAUGGCCACGCUCAGGGCCAAAGGCACCGAGAUCAUCGUGUCCAUCCACAGCAUCUACGAACGCUGUCAGGCCCUCUACGUCAAAUUCGACCUUCACGGCAUCCCUUAACCGACAUUGCUCAUAGAUUGCCCUUUCGGUCUCGCGUCGACGUCGGUGUUUCCGCUUACCCUGCCGCUGUGGUCGAUGUUCCAGCCUUCCAGUAUUCCCUUGGGCACAAACUCAUUCAAAUGAGGGAUAUGACUGAUUUAAGAUUGGGUUACAUAUAUUUUCUGUAUGAGGCGAUUUUCAAGUGCCUUUUCAGUUGUCUGACUUAUUUAACAUUUGAAGCUAUGCAUUCCAGUAUGGGAUGGUGGGGUAAAGUUUGCAUUUCAUUAAUAAGAAUUUACAGAAAUUUUCCAUUUAAAAGAAAUUAGGUUAUGCACUCUUGUGGAUGCUAGUUAUAAAGAGGUACGCAGUGAACGUCUGACAUUAAUGGGUACUUGCUUUACUACAGGAUUGGCCUGGAAAAGUUCACCCUUUGCAUUUGCUUGGUGUAUUUGCUAAUGGACAAUUUUGGACGAUUCAAUGUACUACUCUCCCCUUAAUAAAUCCAGUUCAUUUCAUGGAAGCACUACAGUAGCUUUUCAGCAAUAAUUUAUUAUUUUUUAUGAAAAAUUCUUUUAAAGCUUCGAUGACAACAACUUUGAAUGAAGAUGAGGUUAAACUUACCAAGAAUCAUCAAUAGCAAUGUUCAAAUACCCUCUUGAAUCACCAUUUGCUGUCAGCUUAGCCUGCUGCUGGUAGAUCAGGAAAUGCAGUGCAAAAGCUAUUUUUCGUUCCUUGACGCGUAUUAUUGGAAAGAGUAGUACUAUUCAUCCUCCAGGUUGCACAAUCUUGUAUGAUUGUAGGAAUCAAAAAUGUGUGCUUUUUUUUGCCCUCCCAGUUGAUGUAUCUGUGCAGGAAAUUCCCAAAGAUAUCUGAGCCAAGAAGAUUUUAAACUCUAAACUAGAUUCUAACAGCAAUAUUCUUGUUUUUAGUCAAAAAUAUCCUGUAGUUGGAAUGUAAACCUCUAGUUUCAUCUCCAUAGAAAAUUGAUGACAUCAAUUUUCUAUUGCUGCCUUUUGGGAUGCGAUUCUUUGAGGCCAGUUCCCUGCUCUCAAAGGCAGCCGUAAGGUCUUUUAUUUGCAUAUGCAGUUAAUCUAGGAAUUAUGUAAGGUAUCCUUUACAAUUAUCGUUACUAAAUCUGAGUUAAGCUCAAGGUUUAUUUUAAACUAUUUAAUAACAAGAUGUCUUCAUGGAACCUCUUGUGCUUGGUCUCACUUUGAAACUAGAUAUCUGAUGCAACAUUGGAUGCAUGGCUGAGAUUUCCUUCAUUUUAGUUUUGCUUUUGUCGAUUCUCCUGCUGAUCUCCAUCUUUUGUGAUGUAUGCAUUAUCGUGACAAGCUCUCCAUUUUAAAGUGCCGAGUGAGGGCCUUGAUGGCCUUGACUCUUUCAUUUCUCGUGCAGACCUCCCAUUACUUACGAAUUUUCAGUAUUUUGAGAGACUGUAUGAAGUCCUCUUUCUUUAGUUCCAGAGUGAAGUGAAACAAUUUUGAAAGUGUCUCUGGAGGAAUUGUACUCUGUAUUUUUAUGGGGACAAAAAAAAAGUCAUUUUUGGAGGGUUUCAUUAUAUUUUCUUUUUUUUCUGACAACUUCAAAAAUCGAGGGCAUUAAGAAUUACUGGCUGGUACAUUUUGACUCUGACAGUCAUUUUAUUAUUUUGCAUGGAAAAUGAAAAGAGGCCCAAUUGUAUGCAUACAACUCUGCAUGGUUGUGCUGUUGUGAGCUGCUAAAUGGAAAUUGUUGCAAUUGGAGGAAUAUUACAGACCGCAUUGAUUUCGUUGCACGUCGAGUAAAGACCGAGGACGGUCGCCUCAUCCUAUCUAGUCCCUAUGUGCUUGCGAAUGAGGUUUAUGGCAUCGAAGUAGGUGUUGAACCGUGCUGUGAGAUCUUUACAUUGUCACAUGAGAACAGAGUUGUGUUGCCAGCUUGUAACUCUAGUGAAAUGUUUGGCAGGGCUUUCAACAUGCUCAUGUGUUUGUCGUUUUCCUGAGGGAGUGUUAUGCAAUUCCUUUUCGUCUGACUCUCAUGAUUGACAGGGAAAAUAAAUGCCGGGUGUCACAUAGAUGUAAUCCUCCAACCCCAAGUAAAGUAAGGGUAAUUCUGGGUAAUUAUAAAAUAAUUAGCAUUCUAUUCGCUUCAGAUGGCAUUGGACAACGAGAAAGUUCAUUUUAUUGGUUUGAAUACGGUUGCAUUUCAUGAAUCCUAUCAUGCUCAGGCGCGUUUCCUAUGCUUAUUCAGGCCGGGGGGAAUAUAUCCAUGAGGCACCCGAGAAUGGAUUAUUUCCCCACCAAAUGGAUGAAGUGAUGUCCGAUUGUGUCGAGUGCACCUCUUGCCAUCUCUCGUGAACCAAAUACACUUAUUCCACUCAGAGAAUAAAGUACAUGAACUCAUGCAGAUGCACAACCUCAU